GCUUGUGCCGAUCGAUAGACCCAAGUAAACUCUUAUCUAAAAUGCAAAUUAAAAAUGAAAAGUUAUAAAAAUUCCCUUUUAGACACACCUAACCUCUCCCCAAAUCCAAAGUCCAAACCAACCACAUUGUUGAGAGAACAUGGCAUCAAAAAACCCAUGUGAAGAAACACAUUAAGAAACAACACAAAACAAAAAACAAUUAUCCUCUCUAUUCAGUUUGCAAUCAAUUCAAGAUAGAAUAUAUAUAAGCCACCCUUUUGCAAUAAUUUCUUCAAUAUACUUGGGUUCUAAGCUACCCCUUCAAAUACUACCCUCUAGGCGCAGCUAAGAGAAGGGAGAAGAAAUCAUGGAAAUAGAAUCAGCAAAGUGCGAGUGUUGUGGGUUAAAAGAAGAUUGUACAGAAGAAUACAUCAAUGAAGUAAAAUCCAAGUUCCAAGGAAAGUGGUUGUGUGGAUUAUGUGCUGAGGCUGUUAGAGAUGAAGUUAUAAGGUCAUCAUCAUCAACAACUUCACGGAAUAAGAACAAACAAUCAUCUUCUUCUUCUAGUUCAAGUAGUGUUUUAGUGGAUGAUGCUGUUAAAGCUCACAAGUCAUUUUGUAGAAAAUUCAAAUCAAAUCCUGCUGUUAGAGUUGCUGAUGGAAUGAGACAAAUGCUUAUUAGGAGAAGGUCAGGAGAUUUAUUAACUCCACCACCUUCAUUGACGAAAUCCUCGUCGUCGUCAUCUUCAUCAUCGUCGUCUAAAAAAUAUACUAGAUCUACUAGUACUUCUCAAGUAGGAGAUAAUUCAUCUUUCUCAUUUUACUAGUUUCGAUACUUAUAAUUGUAGCACUCUUUGUCAUGAUCAUCAAGGAUAUAAUCAAAAAAUUUCAUAAGCAAUACAGUGCAAUAUAUACCUUUCUUUUCGUGA